CGAAGGGGAAGUGGUGUGUCUGGGGUGGCGCUUGAAGUGAGGCUGUAAGUGAAACAAACCACAUAAUAAAGAAUCGGGACUAGCUUCUGAGCUACCACCACGAUGCCUGGCCAUAUCGUGAAAAGCACCGGGCCCGACCCCGACCCCACCGAGUUCCUGUUCGUUUCAGCCGAACAGCGAAUGCUCGACCAGACCAAGCCUUAUGAUCCCAAGAAGUCUUGCUGGGUCCCUGACGACAGGGAGGGAUUUGUUGAGGGCUUGAUCCAGGGCGCCAAAGGAGACACGAUGGUCAGCGUCCGACUAAAGAGCGGAGAGGUCAAGGAUUACAAGAAAGAUGUUGUGGGACAAGUCAAUCCACCCAAGUACGAGAAAUGCGAGGACAUGUCCAAUCUGACCUACCUUAACGAUGCCUCUGUCCUGUACAACUUGAAGACCCGUUACCAAGCCAGACUCAUCUACACCUACUCUGGCCUCUUCUGCAUCGCCGUCAACCCCUACAAGCGCUUCCCCAUCUACACCAACCGCACCGUCAAGAUCUACCAGGGCAAGAGGCGUAAUGAGGUGCCUCCCCAUCUGUUCGCCAUUUCCGACGGCGCCUACAUGGACAUGUUGCAAUCUGCCGUGAAUCAGUCUAUGCUCAUCACUGGAGAGUCUGGCGCCGGCAAGACUGAGAACACGAAGAAGGUGCUGUCCUACUUCGCCAACGUCGGCGCCACCGCCAAGAAGAAGGAAGAUGAGAAAAAGCCGAACUUAGAGGACCAGAUCGUGCAGACCAACCCUCCUCUUGAAGCUUAUGGCAACGCCAAGACCACCCGUAACGACAACUCUUCUCGCUUCGGAAAGUUCAUCCGCAUCCAUUUCGCCCCCAACGGCAAGCUAUCCGGGGGUGACAUCGAGGUGUACCUGCUGGAGAAGGCUCGUGUUAUCUCCCAGCAGGCUGCUGAGCGUGGCUACCACAUCUUCUACCAGAUGAUGUCCGAUCAAGUUCCUUACCUUAAAAAAAUAUGUCGUCUCAGUGACGAUAUCUACGACUACAACUACGUAUCACAAGGCAAGGUCACUGUGCCUUCUAUCGACGACAAAGAAGAUAUGGAAUUCACUCAUACCGCUUUCACCAUUCUGAACUUUGCUGACCAAGAACGCGAUGACGCCUACAGGCUCACUGCUUCCGUCAUGCACAUGGGCAACCUCAAGUUCAAGCAGAGGGGCCGAGAGGAGCAGGCCGAACCCGACGGUACCGAGGCUGGUGAUAUUCUUGGCGAGAUUCUGGGCGUCGACAGUGCUGAGCUAUACAAGAACCUGUGCAAGCCCAAGAUCAAGGUUGGCGCUGAGUUCGUCACCCAGGGAAGAAAUGUAAACCAAGUUAACUACUCCGUUGGUGCUCUGGCAAAGGCCCUGUUCGACCGUCUCUUCAAGUGGAUCGUAAAGAAGUGUAACGAAACCCUCGAGACCGGCAUGAAGCGUGCCAUGUUCAUUGGUGUGCUCGAUAUUGCCGGCUUCGAGAUCUUCGACUUCAACGGCUUUGAGCAGAUCUGCAUCAACUUCUGUAACGAGAAGUUGCAGCAGUUCUUCAACCACCACAUGUUCGUGCUUGAGCAAGAGGAGUACAAGGCCGAGGGCAUUGACUGGGUCUUUGUCGACUUCGGUAUGGAUCUGCAGGCUUGCAUUGAUCUCUUUGAGAAGAAACUUGGCCUCCUCGCCAUCCUCGAGGAGGAGUCCAUGUUCCCGAAGGCCACCGACAAGACGUUUGAGGAGAAGCUGAAGACCAACCAUCUGGGCAAGUCUCCCUGCCUCAUUAAGCCGAAGCCUCCCAAGCCAGGCCAGGCUGAGGGCCACUUCGCCAUCGUCCACUACGCCGGCACUGUGACUUACAACAUAACUGGCUGGCUGGAGAAAAACAAGGACCCCCUCAACGACACCGUCGUGGACCAGCUCAAGAAGGCUGACAAUGCCCUGAUUGUAAUUUGCUUUGCCGAUCAUCCUGGGCAGUCUGGAGAUGCUGGUGGUGGAAAGGGUAAGGGAGGUAAAGGAGGUAAAAAAUCUUCAGCAGGUUUUAAAACCGUGUCUUCUGGAUACAGGGAUCAGCUGAACAGCCUCAUGACGACCCUGCACUCCACUCAUCCCCACUUCAUCCGUUGCAUUGUGCCCAACGAGACAAAGACGCCAGGCGCAGUGGAAGCUGGUCUCAUCAUGCACCAGCUGACCUGCAACGGCGUGCUCGAGGGCAUCCGUAUCUGCCGCAAGGGCUUCCCCAACAGGAUGCCUUACCCGGAUUUCAAGCAUCGGUACAAGAUCUUGGCCGCUGAGAUCAUGUCCAAUGAGAAGGACGACAAGAGAGCGGCGGAGAAGACCUUUGAGAAGGCGGGACUCGACCCCGAGCUCUUCCGCUGUGGCAAAACCAAAGUUUUCUUCCGUGCUGGUGUCCUUGGAAAAAUGGAGGAAAUCCGCGAUGACCGCCUGGGAAAAAUUAUCACUUGGAUGCAAUCUUGGAUCCGCGGCCUUAUCGGUCGCAAGGAAUACAUGAGAUUACAGGAGCAGCGUGUCUCCCUAGUGGUUGUCCAACGCAAUCUUAAGAAGUACAUUGCCUUGAGCACUUGGUCUUGGUUUGUUUUCUGGCAGAAGGUGAAGCCUCUUAUUAACCAGCCAAGGUUGGAGGACGAAAUCAAUAAACUGAAGGACAGGGCUGAGAAGGCAUGUCAAGACUUGGAACGCGAGUCUGUACGGCGGAAAGAACUUGAAGAAUCCAACACUAAUCUUGCUGAAGAGUUAAACAACCUGAAAGUCACCCUUGAAUCUACAAAGGGUAAUGUCUCCCAGUUCAUUGAGGAGAUGACCAAGCUGUCUGCUCAGAAGAAUGAGAUUGAAUGUCAGUUAAACGAUGCAGCAACAAGGCUUCAAAGCGAAGAAGAGGCUCGUGCUCAAAUGUUCCAGUCAAAAAGGUUAGCUGAACAGGAUGUCGGGAACUUGAAAAAAGAUAUUGAAGAUUUUGAACUGAAUGUCCAGAAGACUGAGCAGGAGAAGGCUACAAAAGACCACCAGAUUCGGUCCCUCAACGACGAGAUCGCUCACCAAGACGAAAUCAUCAACAAGAUUAACAAGGAGAAGAAGCUCCUGCAGGAGAUGAAUCAGAAGACCGCUGAGGAUCUUCAGUCCGUUGAAGACAAGGCUAAUCAUCUUAAUAAGGUUAAGUCGAAGCUUGAGCAGACACUUGACGAGCUUGAAAGUUCGGUUGAUCGCGAGAAGAAGCUUCGUGCAGAAGUUGAAAGAUCGAAGAGGAAGGUUGAAGGUGACUUGAAGUUGACCCAGGAGAGCGUCUCUGACAUGGAAAAUAAAUACAAAGAUGUAGAGCAAAACAUUCAGCGCAAAGACAAGGAAAUCGGUUCCCUUGCAUGUAAACUUGAAGAAGAACAAAUUUUUGUUUCGAGAGUGCAGAAAUCUAUCAAGGAACUGCAGUCUCGCAUCGAGGAACUAGAGACUGAAGUCGAACACGAGCGACAAGCCAGAGCCAAGGCAGAGAAGAGUAAGGGAACGCUUGCUCGCGAACUAAGCGACCUGAAUGAGCGUUUGGACGAGGCAGGCGGUGCUACCAACGCCCAGGCUGAGCUCAACAAGAAGCGCGAGGCAGAGCUGGCUAAGCUGCGACGGGAUCUCGAGGAAUCCAACAUCCAACACGAGUCGGCGCUUGCUGGCCUUCGCAAGAAGCACAAUGACGCCGUGGCUGAAAUGACCGAACAAAUUGAUCAUCUCACGAAGAUGAAGGCCAGGACAGAGAAGGAAAAGGAUCAAAUCAGGCGGGAAACUGAUGAUGCAAAGUCCGCCAUGGACAGUCUUACACGAGAUAAGGCAGUGGCUGAUAAAGCAAACAAGCAGAUUCAACUCCAGAUCAGUGAAGUAAACUCCAAGCUGGACGAAGCAAACCGCAAUCUUAACGAUUUCGAUGCUCACAAGAAGAAGCUUGCUAUUGAGAACGCCGACUUGUUGCGUCAACUGGAGGAGAUAGAAGGCCAGAUCUCUCAGCUGAACAAUCUCAAGGUUUCUCUCACGACGCAGUUGGACGAUACCAAGAAGAUCGUCGAGGAUGAGGCAAGGGAGAGAAACACACUUCUGGGUAAAUUCCGUAAUCUGGAACAUGACCUUGACGGCCUUCGUGAACAGUUUGAUGAGGAAACUGAAGCUAAGGCUGAUGCCAAUCGCCUGCUGUCUAAGGCUAAUGCUGAAGCUCAUAUGUGGCGCUCCAAGUAUGAGUCUGAAGGCAUAGCUCGUGCCGAGGAGAUUGAGGCCGCCCGCCUGAAGCUUGCCGCUCGCCUCGAGGAAGCUGAAUUGCAGAUUGAACAGUUAAAUGUUAAAAACAUGCAGAUGGAAAAAGCUAAGGGGCGCAUUAUAUCUGAAAUAGAAGAGAUGCAGAUCCAGGUUGAUCGUGCUCAGGGUCUGGCCAUUGCUGCCGAAAAGAAGCAGAAGAACUUUGACAGGACUGUUAACGAUUGGAAGAUAAAAGUAGACGAUCUUGCCGUGGAACUGGAUGCCUCUCAGAAAGAAUGUCGUCAGUACUCAACUGAACAUUUUCGAAUCAAGGCCAUGUAUGAAGAAAAUCUGGGACACCUGGAUGCUGUUCGUCGUGAGAACAAGAGUCUGGCUGAUGAGAUCAAAGACAUGAUGGAGCAGAUUAGUGAAGGUGGCCGAUCCAUUCAUGAGAUUGAGAAGAAUGUAAAACGGUUUGAAAUUGAAAAAGAGGAGCUUCAAGCUGCUCUCGAGGAGGCUGAGGUGGCUCUUGAACAAGAGGAAAACAAAGUUCUCCGCGGCCAGCUGGAACUUAGCCAAGUUAGGCAGGAAAUUGAAAAGCGAAUUCAUGAAAAGGAAGAGGAAUUUGCUACAACUCGAAAAAGCCACCAACGUGCAAUAGAUUCCAUGCAAGCUUCGCUUGAGGCCGAGGCCAAGAGUAAAGCUGAAGUUCUUCGCAUGAAGAAGAAAUUGGAGUCUGAUAUUAGUGAACUAGAGGUUGCGCUGGACCAGUCUAACAAGGCUAAUGCUGACAUUCAAAAGGCAGUCAAAAAAGCUCAACUGGAGCUGAAGGAUAUGCAAGUUCGCAUUGAGGACGAGCAACGAGUUGCCUCAGAAUACCGGGAACAAGCCAGUGCCUCUGAACGCAAGGCUAAUGCCGUGAACGGCGAACUCGAAGAAUCACGUACCCUUCUGGAGCAGUCUGAUCGUGGUCGUCGACAGGCUGAAUCUGAUCUUGCUGAUGUCAAUGAAACCUUGAGCCAUCUGUCUGCUCAGCAUGGAUCUCUCUCUAUGGCUAAGAGGAAGCUAGAAAGCGAGAUGCAGACCCUUCAUGUUGACCUGAACGACAUGCUUAAUGAAUCAAAGAACUCUGAAGACAAGGCGAAGAAAGCUAUGGUAGAUGCUGCUCGUUUAGCUGAUGAACUCCGAGCUGAACAGGAACACGCC